CUGUCAAACGCGAGAUUUAGAAUCGAUACUUACCUAUCUUAAUAAAUUUUAAACUUAUUUUGGUUUAUUUUGGAAUAAAUUAACGGUUUUUUUUUAUAAAAAUUUCGCUUUCAAUCGGGAUUUUUUUAAGUUGCGUAGUUACGAGAGAAUAACCUUGAAGCCGUACCAACAUUACGCGCGAAAGUUUGAAAAUCAACAAAAAUUACUCGCAAAAUCAAGAUAGUUGAAAUAUUUAUCUAGGUAUGCGAGAUUUAUUAUCUAUGGCGAGAAACCCAACCUAUAAAAAUUGACAACCGUCACACCUAACCUCACUUGUCGUUGAAUAAUGAAGAAUUUAAAUAGUUAUUAUGAGUGAGAAAUCCCGGAUUGAGCGAAUAAUCGACCAAAUUAAUUCACAGAAUGCGAAGAAAAUAGCUUUGUCUCUUGUUAUAGCCUUUGCAUGUUACCAUUCACUGCUACAUAUAAGACAUGGCACAAAUUCUUGCAAGUGGUUGUUAUCAGAUGGAAGAUAUAAAGGGGAUCAAGAAUGGCAGCCCUAUGGGUGCAUGUUACACCCAUAUAGCAAAGCAGAUACCAGAAAAUGUUUAAGAUACAUUGCUUACUAUGGAAAAGAAUCACAUUUUGUAUUUAUUGGAGAUUCUAGAAUCAGGGAACUGUAUAUUUCAUUUGUUGAACAUUUAAAACAAGACGAAGAUAAUUUACUUUACUUAACUGAAAAACCCAUGACUAAUUUGACACACAUCGACAAUAAUCUAAAGAUUAAGGUUGAAUUUAUUUGGUCUCCUUUUAUUUCUAAGGAAAUGAUUGGUUGUUUCAGAGAAUGGGAUGUUAAAAAAGAUCCCCCAUCCAUAGUGAUAGUGGGUUCAGGGUUGUGGCCCAUAAAACAAGCAAAUUAUUCGACUGAAAAUGUUCACGAAUAUAAUUUAAAUUUAACUAGAUUAGUGCAGCCAAUUGACAAUUUAUUUAAAAAGAAAACCAAAACUUUAUGGGCUUUACAAGAACCUGUAAACCCUGAUAAAUUGGAGCCGGAAAACCAAAUGAUCACCAACGAACAAAUUGAUUUGUACAACAAGGAAGCUAUACAGGUUUUAACAUACUCUUCUGCAUACUUAUGGUGGAGUGUCAGAUUAGUUGGGCAAGGAAUGAUCACAGAAAGUCCGGACGGCAUACAUUUAGCCAAAAGGGCUCUAAAACAUGACACCCAAAUCCUACUAAACAUGUAUUGUAAUGAUUACAUGAAUUACAAUGACGGCACUUGCUGCAGCUCCAUGGAAGGACACACCACUUUGCAAGUCGUUACUUUUGCCAUUCUGGCGCUAUGUGUUGCCACAUCGUUGGCGAUGUUGGUGCAUCGUUUGAUCAAAAAGCUGCGGGGCAGCCCAUCGUACUCUCUACUGCCCGACAGCGACGCCCCGAUUCCGCAACCCGCACAACAGCAAAACUGCUACACCCUGUUCAAGUCCAUAUCGAUAAUGGCGGUCAUAAUGGCGUACUUUUUCAUCUGCGAUAGAACGAACUUUUUCAUGAAAGAAAACAAGUAUUAUUCCGAGUUUAGUUUUUGGAUACCGAUAGGUUACGUAACGGUGCUGGGGAUUUUUUUCACCGAGGACAGCAAAUACACGAAGGUGUUGCACCGGCACCAGAUCAACGAGUGGAAGGGGUGGAUGCAGUUGGUCAUUUUGGUGUAUCACAUAACGGGGGCCAGCAGAAUUUUAAUCAUCAACAUGCACAUAAAAGUGUUGAUAUCUGCGUACAUUUUUUUGCUGUCCUACGAGCAGUUUUGCUACGCUUUUCAAAUGGGAGACACGGGGGUCGUAACGUUAUUCCGAAAUCUUUUCAAGCUGAAUUUCAUGACCGUAACGCUGUGUUUGUGCAUGAAUCGCCCCUAUCAGUUUUAUCAUUUUGUGCCUCUACUGUCGUUUUGGUACGUGGUGAAUUAUUGUUUCCUAGCCUUCCCCCCGCACAUAUCCGCUCAAAAUUCCGAAAACAACAUGAUACAAUAUUUCUAUUUGCUCCUCAAAAUCAUCGCGUUGUUCAGCGUGAUAACCAUUUUGUUCAUGUCCGAGGUUUUCUUCGAAAAAAUCUUCGUCACCCGCCCUUGGAAGGCGUUGUUCGUAACCACAGACGACGACAUACACGAGUGGUGGUUCCGGUGGAAACUGGACCGUUAUUCCGUCUUGUACGGCAUUUGUUUCGGCGUCAUCCUACACCUCGCCAAAAAGUACAGCGUAUUCACCGACACCCACCACGGCAACCUGUUCUCGCGCGGCGUAGCGCUCAGCGCCACCUUCGCGAGUUUCCUCGGCAUCGGCGUCUACAUCACCGUGACGUUCCUGUGCCGCAACGAGUUCGAGUGCAGCGAGAUCCACUCGUACAUCGUCUUCCUGCCCGUAGUGAGCUACGUGAUGCUGCGCAACGUGUCGGGAGCGCUGCGCACGCGCUACUCCAGCCUGUUCGCGUGGUUCGGCGAGAUAUCGCUCGAGCUGUUCAUCAGUCAGUAUCACAUCUGGCUGGCCGCCGAUACGCACGGCGUUCUGGUGCUCAUUCCCGGAUAUCCGGUCUUGAACGUCAUCGUGACCUCGUUUAUUUUCGUGUGCGCCAGUCACGAGGUGCACAGGGUGACCAAAGUUUUGAUCCCCUACGCCGUACCGUCGGACUGGAAGUUGUUUUUGAGGAAUUUUAUUUUGUUUUUGGCCAUUCUGGUCCCCAUCGGCAUCAAAGACGGCAUGUUUUAAUGUUGUUGGGCUAUUUUAAUGAAAGUUGUGGGUUUUGAUAAAAUUUGGGUAAAUGCUAAGUAUGCUCUCAAAUAUUGAAAAAAUUAAGGAAUAAUCCUUAAAAUACAUUAAAAGACGCGAGAUGGCGCUUUUAAAUCUGCUGCUUACUUAGCUUAUAUAAUACACUGACAUAUACACUCUAUAAAUUGGCCCAAAAACGUCAAUUUAUUAAUGGAAUGUACACUCACAGGCAAAAUAAUCGAUCCACACAAAUUUUCGAUAAAUUUCAAUCGAAAAUAACUUUUUUAUUUGUUAUCGGACUUAAACGAAUAUUAAAAAAUAUUGUAGAUAAAUUAAUGUACUAAAAAAUAGAUGUACGUUU